CCAAUAGUCAUUAUACAACACGGAAACAUAUCUUAUUCGAUGGAAUAAUCAAGGCAUACUUUAUUUAUAGAUCACCGCCAUUUUGAUUUUUAAUCGCACAGAAUAUAAUUUCUUUUAGCUUUUAACUUGAAUGGAUAAAACCGGAAUUUGUAAGGAAUCAAAAGAUGGUAUUGAAUGCUGCGUGAAUCAUUAUCUUAAAGGAAACUCUUGUGAAGAAUGUUCAGUCGGUUGGUUUGGCUGGAAUUGUGUGAAUUCUUGCCCUUCAGGAAGUUAUGGUUGGCUGUGCUCAAAUCGCUGUGAAUGUCCGGAUCAGCUUUGCAAUUUUGUCUCGGGUUGUCCAACCGAUAACAAGGUCACUCUGACGUUAGAUUCAAACUCCUCGACAUCUACAAGUGCAAGGAAUAACACUAAAGAUGUCUUAGAGACGUCUAGCAAAGGCUCUUCUGAUCCAGCAGUAUUUCGAUCGUCUAAGUCACCAGACUUGUCAUCGUUAUCCUCAUCAUUUUCAUCAUUAUUACCAACAUCAUCGUCCACAUUGCAGUUAACCUCUACAACUUCCACCGUCUUAAAAUCAACUGUGACAAUGAGAAAGAUAUCUAACUCUGAAAAUGGGACUACAGAUAUCGCCGUAAUACUUGUACCCAUCGGAAUCGCUAUUGUAUUCCUACUUAUCACCAUUAUACUUAUGAUCGCUUGGAAACUAAAUCUUGUACAACGUCACAAUCAGGUUUUGACGUCAGAAGUGAUAACGUUGAAGAAUGUAACUCAGUCAAGCGAGGAAACUGCAGACUAUCAAGAAAUUAACCUUGGACCGAGACCAGAAAGAUCAUCUGAACAAUUCAAAGUGAAAGGGGAUCAGCAACAUUAUCAUACAAUUUUAGAGCAACAUCUUUCUCAGUCAUCUCCCUCUAAAUAUCAAGAAAUUAAUAGAAUUGAAGAGGAAAAAAUAUCAGAACAUUUUUCAACAGAAAAUGAGCAAAAUUCUUCUUCGGCGUAUCUUAUAUCUACAUCUACAAAACCUGCGCAUGCGUAUAUUGAUGUUAUAGAAACCUCACAGGAGGAUAUUGAGGCGAAGUCCAAAGCGUCUUUACUCACAGAGGAAUAUGAUGACACUCUGUGCCAUACCGACAACGAAUUCAAAUCGGCUGAAAAUAUGUAUCUUGAUGCCAUAUACAUAUAAGCUGCCAUGAAUUUAUAAAAUGCAAAUAAAUUUUUUAAAAAGUUUUGUUGUACGUUAUUGUUGGGAUAGUUAAGUAUUAAUUUCAUAUGAUGCAUGGAACCUUCCUAGCUUUAAAGUUCCUGGCCUCAAGCCCACAGACUGAGAGCAGACAAUUCAAAGUUUUGUUUAAGAAUAACUUGAGAUCUAUUCUAUACACUUAGGUGCAUAAAAAUCGCACGAUUUUAAAAUAAACAAAUCUAAACACGUAUUGACAGUUUUUCAACAUUAUCAAAAUUAUUUGUAAAGCUUAAAAGAUUUAAAAUUUUGCCUGAAGUGUUUUUCUCGAUCAAUUGUUUUAGAAUAUGUACUCAGUAUAGCCAGCAUUUGAAGAAUCAAUUUCAAGUGGACACUCAGGUUUAAGUUAGACAUUUUAAGAUAUAUAGAUAGUCAUCAUCUUUUAUCAAUAAUUAUUGAAAAAAGAGUUUUAAAUAUAUACUUGUUGUUAUCAAGCAUAUUAUCUGUUGUGGAUGCAAUAAUUUUGCAAUACUUUUACCUCACUUUUAGAAAACUUUCAAAAUUUAAGCACAUUCAAAUAGUUUUUCCGGCUCAAAGAAAUAAUACUUUCCUAAACAAUUUUAUUUUUGCAGCUUUCUGAAAAUGGUUUAAAAAACAAUGCACUGCAUAAAUCUCAAAUUUAAUUAUUAAUGCUUUUCAACUUAAUUACAGUGUUACUAAUAAGGCAUUUCCUGUCAAAAUCAAGAAUUUUUAAAACUAUAUGUAAUUUUUUUGUUUGUUGAACAAAAGUUUCAUAGUUAGAAUUAUAUGCAUGUAAUUUGUUUAUUGUUUGAAACCUUCAAUGGAGACUGGAAGAUGUAACAGGUACAUGUACAUGUUCAUUCUUUUUAUAGUUAUGAGAAGUAAAAAUAAUUGUAACAGUGUUUCAGUUGACAGUAAUUAAAGGAAUGCUCUAAAGCACAAUGAUUUAAUGGUAAACAACAAUAAUAGUAUAAACUUUUUAUGUUUUAUUAUUUAAAAAAAUCGUCUGAACAAUUAUAGAAUUAGAGAUAAUAUAGGAAUAGAAAUUUUGGGGGUAUCUCUAUUUUUCAUUUUUGGUAAUAUUAUUCUUAAAGUUAAGAUUAGAUGUGUUAUAACAACAUUGUGAAAAUAAGAAGUGUUAAAGCAAAUAUUAAAAAAAUACUUCUUUAUUUAUUAUUAUGAUGCCGUAGUCGAUGUUUUUACUCCAGAAAACCAAAAAUAAGUAUGAGAUUAAAAAAAAAAUAACAUAAGAGGUUCACAAUAAGCAUUAUGUAAUAAGGAAUUCGUGAAAGUAUCAUCAACAAUAAUUCUUUGAUAUAGGUGAAGUUGCAUAUAAAAGAGGGUACCCAUCAAUAUCAUAUAAAGAAUUACAGCAUCCAUGUUUGCUACGGGAAACCAAAAAUAUGUGUCGGAUCAAAGAGUCAAAUAUGUGGUCACAAUAGCACUAUGUAACGAAGAUUUCGUGAAACAUUCUUUAAAUUUUAUUCACUGGUAUAAGAAAAGUUGCCCAUAAAAAAUGGGUACCCCAAACAGAUGGACGCACAUGUAUGUACACUUAGACAGACAGAUGGACGGACAUCCCAAUCACUGUAUACCCUCCCAAUUUUCAAGAGGGAAUAUGAAAAUAAUUGAGAUAUGGCAAACAGUUAUCAAUCUUAGGAAACAUAUGUGCAGGGAACAGGGUCCAUGCAGGAGUAAGCAUCCACUACCGACGGUUACACCCUAUGUAUGCCCCUAAUCAUGAUCAGAAAAACGGAAAAAUACGUAGGCAUUUCAAAAUGUAAACUAGAGAUACUGUGAGCACUGAGAUUAAUAAAAGAUACCCCAACCCUUAUAUUUUUACAAUGGCAAAGACCAUGUUUUUUUUAUCUGGGAAACCAAAAUAUGUUUCAGAUGGAAAAUGAAAUAGGAAUAAUACAGUGACAUUAUGUAAACUUUGCUCAUUUAAAUGCUAUAAAAUAUUUUUUA